CACGCCGCUGUGCAGUCGGCCUCCUCCUCCUCCUCGUCUUCACGAUGUUCUCGCCUAGAAAGCUAGCGGUGGCUCUCCCCGGGCUCUGUCGGUGGCAUCGCUGCCACGUGAGACAUCUCAGGCCGGUCUCCAAGCUGAGUGUACGGGAGGCGCUGGCGAGUGCCGAGACGCCCUCCGAGGAGAUAAGAGUUCAGGGAUGGGUGCGAUCCGUCAGGUCCCAGAAAGAAGUUCUGUUCCUGCACGUCAGCGACGGCUCGUCUCUGGAGGGCCUCCAGAUUGUAGCUGAACCCCAUCUGAAAAACAGCGCCCUGAGCUUCGGGAGUUCGGUGGAGGUCACCGGGUCGUUGGUGAGGAGCCUCCACAAGAAGCAGAGCGUGGAGCUCAAAGCCUCCGAUGUGAAGGUUAUCGGGAGGUGCGACUCUCACGAAUUCCCGUUUAAGUUGAAGGAGCGGCACCCGCCGGAGUACGUCCGACAGUUUCCUCAUUUACGCUGCAGGACGAAGACGUUCAGCUCCUUGCUGAGAGUGCGCGGCGCGGCCACGUCGGCCGUACACGACUUCUUCCAGACCAACGGCUUCCUGCACAUCCACACCCCGGUUAUUACCUCUAACGACUGUGAAGGCGCUGGCGAGCUCUUUAAGGUGGAGGCUACACACUGGGACCGGGGCAGUGGGGACGACGCUGGUUUCUUCGAUGUACCCGCGUUCCUGACGGUGUCGGGGCAGCUCCAUUUGGAAGUCAUGUCUGGGGGGUUCUCCCGCGUCUUCACCUUUGGCCCCACGUUUAGAGCCGAAAACUCUCAAAGUCGACGUCAUCUCGCAGAGUUUUACAUGGUGGAAGCGGAGAUUUCAUUUACUGAAAGUCUGGAGGACAUAAUGCAGGUUAUGGAGAAUCUCUUUAAGUCGACGACCUCCGCGUUACUGUCUCAGUGCCCCGAAGAGAUUGAGUUCUUCAGUAAAUACGUUUCCCCCGGACAAACAGACAGACUGGACAAGCUUGUAACGAGUGAUUUUGUGACAAUGACUUAUACCGAAGCGGUCGAAGUAUUAAAGAGAUCGCAGAAGUUGUUCCGGUAUAAGCCGGAGUGGGGAUGCGAUUUACAGACGGAGCACGAGAAGUUUCUGGUGAAUCAUUGCGGCGACGUCCCCGUAUUCGUCAUCGACUACCCGUACGACCUGAAACCGUUUUACGCCCGCGAUAAUGAGGACGGGCCGCAGCGGACGGCCGCAGCCGUGGACCUCCUUGUGCCGGGCGUUGGUGAGCUGUUUGGGGGAAGCCUUAGAGAAGAGAGGAUGGACAGACUUCAGUCGCGGCUGGAAACGUUAGGACUUCGUGACACUUAUCAGUGGUAUUUAGAUAUAAGAAAAUUCGGGUCGGUCCCCCAUGGAGGCUUUGGAAUGGGGUUUGAACGCUACCUGCAAUGCGUUCUGGGAGUAGAGAACAUUAAAGACGUCAUUCCUUUCCCUCGCUUUCCGCACUCCUGCCUUUUGUGAGGACCCCCGGCCUGAAAUACGAAGGGGGUCCGAGAUCUUAGGAGACGAGGCUGUCAGAAAGCGCCCAGACCUCGGCAUAACCUCUCGGUAUCCAACAAAUGCUACUUUAUAACGCGGAGAAGAAAGAUUUGAUUGUAAAUGUAUCUCUAAAUUAUUUCUUCCUUUCUAAAAGCUGGUAAAAUCCUCGUAAUGCAGAGGAAUCUUAUUUUUAUACAGUGUUUCCAAAAACAAAACUGAAGAAAAA